CAUCGAUUGGAGAGGGGGAAAAAAAAAAAAACCGUAUAUACACACGCCCACCAUGGCGUCCCUGCAGAACGGCUAUUCGAAUGGUAUAAAUGGAGACCCAGUCGCUGUAACCAGCUCGCCGGCCAAUCUUCGCUUUUCUGACAUUCCCUCCGCCAUCGACAUUCCCGCGUCCACUCUCGACAGCGAGGUCGAAGUCAGUCUUGAAGGACUCCCCGAUGAUCCGACCGAGCUUUGCACGCUUCUGGAAAACGAAAAGGCCGCGAAGAACUUCUGGGUGAUCAUUGCGCUUGCGUACGCGAAACAGAAACAGAUCGACCAUGCGAUUGAUAUUCUGAACAAAGGCCUGGCAUCGGUUGCCCAUGGGGCAACGAAAGAGAAGCUGGGGUUGCUGGGGUGGGUGUGCUGGCUGCUCAUGCUGAAGAGCCGACAGGCGCCUCGCGUGAUUUCAGAGGGAGAGUUAUAUACCGAGGCCAAGACUAAGGAUCACUACCUGCAACUCGCGACGUCCACGCUCAAUGAGGCGUCGCGAUUGAACCCGGCUUUCCCGCCUCUGUUCCUUGCUCGCGGUGUUUUGUCCCUCCUGCGCUCGUCGUUGCACGCCCCGCGGCCUGUUCGUCCCGGGACGGUUGAUACGUCGGAGAGAGUUGAGUCCCUGCGUCAGGCCCUCAAGUGCUUCGACGAGUCGUCCAAGGCGUUCGGGGGUCGGAAUGUCAUGGCGAUUCUUGGACGCGCAAGGGCGCAGUACCUGCUUGGAAGCUAUGCUGAGGCGUUGGAAGGAUACCAGAAGGCACUCGUCAAGAUGCCGGGACUAACCGACCCAGAUCCCAGGAUCGGAAUCGGGUGCUGUCUCUGGCAGCUAGGGUUUAAGGACCAAGCUAAAGUCGCCUGGGAGCGCUCUCUAGCAUUGAACCCCGACUCCAAAGUCGCCAAUAUUCUCCUCGCCGUGUACUAUCUCUACGACAGCUCCCGACAUGCUACGACCGACCCAGCCUUCGGGUCGCUCUACAAGAUAGCCAUGACACAAUACACACAAAAGGCGUUCAAGCUGGACAAGGAGUACCCCAUGACCUGCGCUUUGUUUGGCGGGUACUUCCUCUUGAGAAAGGCCUAUUCCACAGUCGAGACGCUCGCACGCAAAUCCAUUGAAAACACAGACGUGAUGCCCAUCGCCAGUGAUGGAUGGUACCUACUUGGCCGGAAGUCUCACUACGAAGGCGACAUGGCCCGGGCCGCGGAAUACUAUAAUCGCUCCGACCAGGCUCGAGGCGGCGGCGAUAAGGGAUACCUGCCGGCCAAGUUUGGCACGGUACAGAUGCAGGUCUCGAACAAGGACUACGAUGGAGCCAAGUUCCAGCUGGAGAAGAUCAUCCAGCAGACCAAGAACCCGGAGUGUAUGAUCCUGCUGGGCGCCCUGCACGCCGAGGAUGUCUUUGCAGCGCAGAGAAGCGGGAGCAAAGAGGACAAGUCGGCGGAGGCUAAGAAAGCUAUCACUCUCCUGGAGGGCGUCCGUUCUCUCUGGAAGGACGAAAGCAAGAAGAUCGCGCCCGACGAGUCGGUGUUGGUGUAUCUGUCCCGUCUUUAUGAACAGACGGCGCCAGAGAAGAGCAUGCAGUGCUUGAGCCAGCUGGAGGACAUGCAGCUCGCAGAAAUCCCGGAUGAGGAACGGCCCGCGGGCGUCAAAAAGGAGGAAGAGAUCAAGGCCGCGCUUCGGGUGCAUUUACCUCCACCGCUUCUGAAUAACAUGGGGUGUUUCUUGUACCAGAACGAGAAGACCGAGCUGGCUCGUCAAAUGUUCCAGGCCGCUCUUGACGCAUGUGUUGGACAAUCCCCGGACAAAGAAACGGCCACGGACACGGACGCCCUGGUCACGACCAUUAGCUACAACCUCGGCCGGGCAUAUGAGGCUUCCGACCUACCCGAGGAGGCUAAGAAAGUGUACGAGGGUCUCCUCGAACGCCAUGCCGAUUACACCGAGGCCAACGCCCGACUGACGUACCUGGCACUGCGCCGCAGUCCGACGGACGAAGGGCCCAAGAAAAUGGCGAAGCUUUACGAGAGCGACUCGACCAACCUGGAAGUGCGUGCGUUAUUCGGAUGGUACCUGAGCAAGUCCAAGAAACGCGCGGCCAACCUCGCCGAGGACCACGAGCAGCGCCAUUACAAGCACACCCUGCAAUACUUUGACAAGCACGACCGGUACUCGCUCACGGGCAUGGGCAACGUGCACCUCCUCACAGCGCGCGACAUGCGGCGCGAAACGGACCAGGAGAAAGAGAAACGGCGCAAGAUGUACGAGCGGGCGGUUGAGUUCUUCGACAAGGCUCUCCAGCUGGACCCACGCAACGCCUACGCCGCGCAGGGGAUCGCGAUCGCCCUCGUGGACGACAAAAGGGACUACAGCACGGCGGUGCACAUAUUCUCCAAGGUCCGCGACACGCUGAAGGACCCCAGCGUCUACCUCAACCUGGGCCACAUCUACGCGGAACUCCGCCAAUACACUCGGUCGAUCGAACACUACGAAGCGGCGCUCUCCAAGGACCGCGUGCGCGACGCGCAAAUCCUCGCUUGUCUCGGUCGCGUCUGGCUCCUCAAGGGCAAGCAGGAGAUGAGCGUCGCGGCGAUGAAGACGGCGCUGGACUACGCACAGCGCGCGCACACGGUCGCGCCGACGCAGGUGCACCUGGAGUUCAACGUUGCCUUUGUGCAGAACCAAAUCGCGUCGCUCACUUACGGUCUCGCGGAAACGCAGCGGACGGUGCAAGACGUGCAAGACGCGGUGGACGGACUCCGGGAAGCGGUCUCGACGUUUGGCCGGGUGGCGCAGGCCAAGAACCCGCCUUACCCGGCCGAAGCGCUGGAGCAGCGGGCGAACAUGAGCAAGACGAUCAUCAAGCAGCUGGAGCGGGCGCUGCAGAGCCAACGGGAAUACGAGGAGAAGAAUGCGGCGAAGCUGCAGCAAGCGCGGGACGCGCGGGAGGCAGAAAUCCGACGGCGCGAGGAGGAAGUGCGCAAGGCGCAGGAGGUCGAGCAGGAGCGCAAGCAGCGGAUCGCCGAGGAGCGGCAGUUGAUGAUUGAGGAGGCGCAGAGGCUUGCGGCGCAACGGGCUGAGGAGGAACAGGAGCAGGAGGAGGAGGAGGAGGAGCGCGCGCGCGAAGAGGUCGAGAUCAUGACGGGGGAUGAGGAGGAGGGGGAGGCGGGGGUGAAGCGGACGAAGACGAGGUCUAGCGCGUCAACGGGGGUGGCGGGGGCAUCGAAACGCAAGAAGAAAGCGCAGCGGCCGCGGCAUGCCGAGGACGAUUUCAUCAACGAUGGGGAUUCGGUGAGGGGGCACCUGUCGGAGGCUGGGAGCGAUGACGAGGCCACGGCGGCGCCCAAAAAGCGGAGGAGGCUGGAGCGGCGGCCGGGGAGUAGCGGCAAGGCGCCAAGCAAGUACAAGAGCAGCGAGAUGGUGGUUGAUUCUGACGAGGAUGAAGAUGCAGACGAGCCGGGGUCGACGGGGAAUGGAGAUGGGAGCGGCGAUGACGAGGACGUGGUGCAGCGUCGGCGGGCCAAGGUGUCGAGACGGAUUGCAGAUGAUGAGGAGGAGGAGGAGGAGGAGAGUGAGGGACCAGAUACCGAGAUGAAGGAGGAGGUUUAG